AUGUCCGAGAAGGCGAGAGAAGUGCUAGAGUGCUCCAUGUUACAGGGAUCGUCCAGGGAGUCGAGGCUAGCAGGGGUCGAGAUGGAUCCGCAGAUGAUGGAUGUUGAUGUUCUGUUGAUGGUGAUGGUGUGGAUCCUCUGGAAGUUUGAGGCACUGGAGCGACCUAAAAGUCCGCCCGCGUUGACGGCGGCGGACUUAAGAGAAUGUGAGUUGGCUCUGGCUCUGGCCAUGGUUGAACUUUUGAAGCUUUGUUUCUGGUUUCAGAACGGCAAAUGGUACUUAAUUGCGCUGCAUAACGCUACACUUGCUACACGGCAAUGUACAGUAAGACGGAUUGAUGCUUAUUGUUUGGAGGUGCAGAUGACCCAGUCGAGCUCCUACAAUCUCGGACUUGAUUACUUUGUACAACAAUUCCAACACAAUCACUAA